AUGGCUGCUGGGGGUCCAGUGAAAGAGCUGUGCGAGGAAGCCACUUGCUCCAUCUGCCUGGACUAUUUCAGCGAUCCGGUGACCAUCGCCCAGUGCGGCCACAGUUUCUGCCGGGACUGCCUGACCCAGAGCUGGGGGGAGUCCGGGGUAAUCACAGAAGCUGGAAAGGUGAGAGUUUGUGAGAAACACCAGAAGCCCUUGAAGCUCUUCUGUGAAGAUGAUGAUGCCCCCAUCUGUGUGGUCUGUGAUGGAUCCAAGGAACACAGAUUCCACAAGGUGAUUCCUCUAGAGGAGGCUGCCCAGAAGUAUAAGGGUAACAUCUGCAGCUUCCUGGAGAAUUUGAAGAAGAAGAGAGCAAAAAUUCUCGCAUUUAAAUCAGAUGUAGUAAAGGAAAGCCAAAACCUGCUGAAGCAAACAAAGUCAGACAAGCAAAAGACAGUGGCUGAGUUCAGACAACUACACCAGUAUUUGGAAAUGCAAGAGCGACAUCUGCUGUCACAGACGGAGGAGCUGGAAAAAGAGAUUGUGAGGGAAAGUGAUGAGGGCCUGGCCAGACUCUCCAGGGAACUCUCCUCUCUUGAAAGCCUCAUCCAGGAAAUGAAGGACAUGAUUAAGAAGUCUCCUAGUGAACUCCUGCAGGAUGUCAGAAGCACUUUGCAGAGGUUUGAGGGGAAGGAGAAAUUUGAGACUCCAGUGGCUUUUCCACCUGUGCUGAAGUGGAAGAUCUGGGACUUAUGGGAUAUCAGUUCCUUCCUGAAGGGUGUCAUGAAGCAAUUCAAAGCAAUGGUGACUCUUGAUCCAGAUACAGCCCAUCCCUUUCUCAUCCUGUCCGAGGAUCGGAAAAGCAUCAGAGAGGCAAAGGAAUGUCAAAAUGUGCCCAGUAAUCCUGAGAGAUUCGCCAUCUUGGUUUCUGUGCUGGGAUGUGAGGAAUUUACUACAGGCAGAUAUUUCUGGGAAAUCACUGUGGGCCAGGAAGAUGAAUGGGCUGUGGGGGUUGCCAGAAAGUCUGUGAGGAGAAUGGAAGGGGGCAUCUUUAAUCCUGAAGGAGGGAUCUGGGCUGUGGGGAAAUUGGGUGGUGGUUAUGUGGCUCACAGUCACCCUCAGAGGUGUCUUGGUGUGAAGGAGAAGCUCAAAAGUAUCCGAGUGGCUCUGAACUGUGCUGGGGGGCAAGUGGCCUUUUUCGACAAUGACACAGCAGCCCUUCUGGACGCAUUCUCAGGAGCCUCCUUCUCUGGAGAGACCCUCUUGCCCUUCUUUCGAGUUCGUGAAAAGGGCUACCUCCGACUCCCUUAA